AUGACCAUGGCAGAUGAUGAAACCGUGGACGACUUCCAUGGUAGAAUUCUUAAGAUUUCCGGUCAGUGUCGCAGUCUAGGAGCACCUUUUGAUGAAGAUAAAAUAGUCAAAAAGAUACUCAGGGCUCUGCCAGAAAAAUUUCACUCAAAAGUCACUAGCAUAGAGGACUCUUUUGAUAUAGAUGAUUAUCCACUUGAUGAGCUCAUCGGAAAUUUGAAAACCUAUGAGAUGAGGUUAAAACCUGAGAAGAAAAACAAGGGUGUAGCUUUCAAAGCUGUGAAAGAAAUUGAAGAGGAAGAAGGAUCGCUGGACCUAGCUCUACUGACAAAGGAAUUCAAAAAAUUUCUCAAAAGCAAGAACUCCUCUAAAAACGCAAAUGCUCCCAGAAGGAAUAACUAUACUGGCAAUGGUAGCAACAAUGACUACAAUGGAAAGAGUGGAAGAGGAAGCUUCAAAGGAAAUCAAUCAGGAAAACCAAAGUGCUAUGAAUGUGGUGGUUUUGGUCAUAUAUCUACUGACUGUGGAAAUAGGAAGCUUGGAAACAGCAACAACAAGUCUCUCCUUUCAACUUGGAGUGAUGAUGAAUCUCAAGAAAUUGAAAAUGUGGCCCUUGUAUCAUCACUGUUGCCUGAUUCUGAAAGUGACGAGUAUUUCUCUGAUGAUGAUGAAACAAAUGUCCGCUGCAAACAACUCUACAAAGCUUCAAAGGCUACUCUGAUUAGAAACUUGAGCUUGGAAAAAGAAGUAGACUUCCUGAGAACUGAAAAAGAAAAGGUGGAGCAUCUAUUCGAAUCCUCACAAUCUGCAUGGAAGUUGGAGAAAAGCAAAUUAUUGAGUGAAUCAGCAGAUCCACAAAGUGACCAAGAGAUACUGACGUGGAAGAAUGAAAAGAAUGAGUUUCUCAACAGGAUCAAACUACUAGAGCUGGAUGUUAAAGGACAAAUUGCCUUGAACUUGGAAUUGUUGGCGAAAAAUGAGUCUCUUCAACACGAGUUAAAAUUAACUCAAGAAAGAUACAUCAAGUUCAAUAUCAGUUCCACUUCCAUGUCCAAGUUGCUCGGAUCAGGAAAAGCUCCUCAUGAUACAUGUGGGCUAGGAUACACUGGAGAAAAUUCCAAAAGCACCAAGUUCGUACGAGCCUCAAAACCAUCUGUAGAGCAGAAAGAUGUCUCCAUUGAUGAUCAUGUCAAUAAUAUAAAGGAAGGUAAUUCAAACCAACACCUUCAGGUAAAACUUGACCAAGAAUCCCCCACUGGUCAACCCAGGUACGCAAACCCUAGAACCUUUAUUCCUACUUGUCAUCACUGUGGUAAGAUUGGCCAUAUCAGACCUAGAUGUAAUGAACGGUUUUCAAACUUAAAAUUCUCUCAAGAAAAAUGUACUGUUGAAACCCUACAGGUUGAGCUUAAAGAACAAAAGGAACUUAUUAACAAAUUAACCGAAAUUGUUUCUAAGAAGAAUCCUCAAGCGGAAAGAAGAAAAGAUGUCUGGACCAGAAAAAUUGAAAGCAAAAAUCAUAGGUCCCUUGUUAAUGAAACUGAUGAUACAUGUCUUUUUGUUUGUGCUAGCCAAACUCAUCAACGCUCUCACAUUGAGGCAACUUGUUUAGUAGCUUUAACUGCAUUAGCAGACAAGCGACGAGAUUUUUGGUAUGUAGACAGUGGUUGCUCAAGACACAUGACUGGAGACAAAACCUGGUUUACUUCAUUUGAGGAUGAAAAUACCACUGGAUCAGUCACGUUUGGAGAUGGGAGGAAAGCUAACAUUCUAGCUCGAGGUACAGUAAACACUCCAGGUAUACCUAACCUUAAAAAUGUGUUAUUCGUUGAAGGAUUAACUGCAAAUCUGAUUAGCGUCAGCCAUUUGGCUGACGACUAUGAAGAUGUCUGGUUUAACAAACAGAGAUGUUUGGUCCUAAAUCAGAAAGGAGAAAAUAUCAUGGGAGGUAAGAGAUCUGUCGAUAACUGUUACCACAUUCAAGCUAAUGAAUCUUCUAGUUUGCAGUCUUGUUUGUCUGUUAAAUCCACAGAGGAAACCUUUGAAAUUUGGCACAGAAAGAUGGGACAUGUCAACUAUCAGGACUUGCUAAAAUUAUCUUCCAAACAAUGUGUCCGAGGCUUGCCAAAUUUAAAAGGUAAAACUGACAAGAUGUGUGGAGACUGCAAGGUGGGAAAGCAAACUAAGGCACCUCACAGAGUGAUAAAUUCUGCAACAACCACACAAGUAUUGGAGCUAUUACACAUGGAUCUCAUGGGACCAACUCAAUCUGAAAGUCUUGGAGGUAAGAGCUACAUACUAGUGGUUGUGGAUGAUUUCUCAAGAUACAUCUGGGUAAACUUCUUAAAAGACAAAACUGAAACGUUUGAGUCCUUUAAGAAUUUGAGUCAAAAAUUAAUCAUUGAGAAACAGUCAUCUAAUAACUGCUUAGUGAGAAUAAGAUCAGAUAAUGGAAUUGAAUUUAAAAAUGUCUCUUUUUCUAACUACUGUCAUGAGCUUGGUGUGUCACAUGAGUUCUCAGCUCCAAUCACUCCUCAACAAAAUGGGAUAGUGGAAAGGAAAAAUAGGGUAUUGCUAGACAUGGCUCGAGUAAUGCUACAUGCUGCAGGUUUAAGCACAAACUUUUGGGCUGAGGCGAUUAGCACUGCUUGCUAUACAAUAAAUAGAGUAUUCCUCAGACCAGGUAAUGAUCAAACUGCCUACGAGCUGUGGAAAGGUAAGAAGCCAAAUGUUGGACACUUUCAUGUGUUUGGCAGUCCUUGCUACAUUCUACGAGAUAGAGAGCACCUCGGUAAGUUUGAUGCUAGAAGUGAUGAUGGGGUGUUCUUGGGGCAUUCUCUGAACAGUAGAGCGUAUAGGGUUUACAAUAAAAGAACUCAUGUUGUGAUGGAAUCCAUUAAUGUUUCUAUUGAUGAUCAAUGUGUGAAACAGGAAGUGAAACAGGAGGUGAUUCUCGAUGAAGUUGAGGCGUCGACGCUGUCGAGGACGCGCAGCUUGCCGGCGACGGUUUUGGUCGGAUCUGACGGCGCCGGUUAUCGCUGCUUCUGA